GCAGCGAGAUUUAUGGUCGUUGCUCGUGUUGGAUGGUGUUUUAUUGGGUCAUACGGGCUACGCACAGGUUUGGCAAGGUCAGUUCAGUGGGGUUGAGGAAGAUGAUGGAAUGCGUGAAACAUGCAGUGGGUUGUUUUGAGUGGAUAGUGCUCAGAGGUGGGUGGGGUGGGAUAGGGGGCAAUCUGGGCAGAAGAGGUUGGUUUCUGGAUGCGCACGCAGCAGAGAUUGGAGGAGUUUGUGACGGCUCGGAUGGGUGGAGAAGAUCGACUUUUGCAGCAGAGUGUAAUGAAUUGAGGGGGUUAGGAUUAUUGGUAUUGCGGAGGUUGGGUGAGGAAUGCAGUUGGAGGGAGGAGUUUUGUGGGAAGCAGGCGCAUGUAGUGUUAAGGUGGAGGGUGCCGAUGGAGGUAGGAGCUUGGUAUGAAGUGUGUGAGAGUUGCAGCAGUUGGCGAGCUCAGUUGAAUUAUUGUGAGGGUCGAUAUCAGGCGAUGAAGGGAGGACACAGUGAAGUGGUGGGGUUGGUUUAAUUUGUGGAAGUAUGUCGGGGAUGGGAAGGGAUCUCGGAGUGUUGGGAGGUAAAGGAAAGUGGGAAUGGCAUCUAGAAUCAGUAGUCCUAGUUGAUGUGAAAGAUUUUUGUUACUGUAUUUCCAGUCACUCGUUUUUCACAAGUAUGUUGUGCGUGUGGAAUGGUAACGGUAUGUUUUCGUGUCCCCGUUUGCUAUUAGAGACCCUUUCACUCCUGUGCAUAUUCCCGUUCGGGUGUCUAAUUUCUUCUAGACUUGACAGUCUUGUGAAGUGCUUCAAACUGUUUUUUUCGUAUUUGUGUUGCUCUCGCUUUUUUUGAAGUCGAUUACUUGUUUUCUAGAAUUUGAUGUUCGUGUACGAUGUGAAUUGAUGCGCUUGAGAGGACUGAGUGAAUCUUGCUCUAAGCGGGAGCUGGAACGCGUGGGCGAGGUUGAACACGUGAGGUCGUUGCGAGGUGAUUUUGUACAAGUGAAGCUGCGUUGUGUUGAUUC